GUGUUUUUCUUCUUUGACAAAUGGGAGUGUUGUCGAAUUUGGUGUUGUGUAUCUCCUGUUGUUGUUUUUUUCUUCAUUAAACAUUUAAGCUGAGUCUGGCAACACAUUAAGUUGUGUAUUUCCAAAUAUAUAGAACAUGGCAUAAAAAGUGUUUCGGUCGUUGGAAUCGUGUGUUGUGUUGAAUUCUCGUCUGUUGUGUUUACUGUCAUUACAACAGCACCAGUGGAAGGCCAACUAUGGAUAGGCGAUGCAAUGGUUGUGCUUCAAAGUUCACUCUCUUCAAAAAAGAGUUGGGCUGCAAAAACUGUGGACACUCAUUUUGUUCGGGGUGUCUAACAUUUAGAGCGUCGGUGCCACGCUACGGUAACACUCAACAAAAAGUCUGCAAGCAGUGCCAUGGCAAUCUCACGAGUGGUGGAAAACCGAAUGAUGCUGCAAGAUGGUCACCACCUGAAAACUACAAAAAGCGGGUUGCUGCGCUUGAAGCCAAACAGACUCAACCUCAUCAGCCUCCCAGACAUGCUAGUGGACCGAAUAAUACAUCAGCUCUCAUUUCAACCAAGGGUCUUAGUAAGGAGGACCAAGUGAUUGCACAACGACUCCAGAAGCUGAAAGAGGAAACAAAACCAAAAUCCAUACCAUCUGAGAAGGAGAUAGAGACUCGUCUCGCUGCACUGAAAGCUCCAGAUCAGCCAGUGCCUUCGGCUCGAGAAAUGGAAGACCGUUUGGCUGCUUUACAAGGAAGACAGCCUCCUUCUCAAGCUCCUCCAUCAGUUCACCAGCCUCCUGAUAGCAGGACUCAAACCGAACAGGCCAAUGACUUGAUCACGCAAAUGACGGAGGAGGUUGCUAUUGACGGACAACAGUGCCCUGAUGCUGAUAACUCCGAGAGUCCAGUCACACCCCUAAAUGAUCUAAACAAGCAAGCAAGCUGGACAGUGGAUGAGAAUUUGGAUGGUGAGCAGCUGUCUCUCAAGCAGAUAGAGGAGGAUAAGAGCCGCUUGCUGGCCAAGGCCAUGGAGGAGCUGAAACGAGAUGAAAACGGCCAGGGGCAGCUUCUUCAGGUAGCCAAGAGACUGGCUGUGCUGCAGGGGCGAGACCCAGACAAAGUCACUAUGACAGACUUCCAGCAACCUGACAGUGAUGAAGAGACCGAGGAGGAAGCAAUUGCCAGGAUUCUAAAAAGGCUGUCAGAAGAGUCGGCUUUAGAUGAAGCCAGUGGUUAUAACAUCCCUCCAGAGCGCAGAGGCCCAGAAAAUAAAGAAAAGCCCAAUUCAAAUAAGAAGCAGCUUCCAUCUCAGUCAUCUAAAACAAAGCUUCCUGCUGUCUCUGUGAACUGGAGUGCCACACGUGAUGAGGAGGAGGAUGAUGAUGAGGAAGAUGAGCUGCCCUGGUGCUGUAUCUGUAAUCAAGAUGCCACCAUUCGGUGCCACACAUGCGACCAGGACCUGUACUGCAACCGCUGUUUCAGGGAAGGCCAUGAUGAAUACGAUCGAAAAGAACACCACACGUCCAGCUACACAGCCCCUAAGAAAAGCAAGAAGAAGACAGGAUCUUCAAAACGCACUUAAAGUGCGUCACCAACAAACCAAAUGUGCUUUCUCCUGCCCAGGGUUGCAGCGGAUCAGGAGCCUUUCCCAGAAGCACUGAGGCAAGCACGAUGCCAUCCGUUACACAUUAGCUUAGACAAUCCACUUACCGGCAUGUUUUUGGGAGGAAACCGGAGAAACCCACACAAACCCUAACCACACGCUCAGGAUCGAACCAGGGACUCUGGAGCUGUGAGGCAGCAACGGUACACUCUGCACCAACAUGCUGCUCUAGUAGUGUUUAAUGUACAUCUAAAUGUUGAUUUGUUGGUUAAAGACUUUUCCCCCCCUAACUGAGCACUACAACAAAUGAAGCAAAUUAUUAUUUAAAUAAAAUAACAUUUUUGGAAAACAAACAAGCAAAAAGUCUUCUUUCACUU